AUGUUUAGUUUAAAAUUAUUCUUAUACGUUUACGGACUUCUAAGUUUAUAUAUUGCAUUGGCUUCCAGUGAUUAUGAAUCAAGACGCAAACGGUUUUUAAUAUUUCCGAGACAAGCACCUACAAGGCAUCAGUUUAUUAUUGGUCUCGGUAUUCCAACUGACCUAACAUAUGAGUCACUAACUUCAGGCUAUCUCAUUAAAGCUGAGUUUUGGUUACCCUAUAAUGCUACGGUAUUUCGUGAAAACCCCUUUUGGCCAGAGUAUACACCAGAUCUAAUAAAUGCACGACAAAACUCCUUAAAACGAUCCUCUUUGCGUUGGACUGCAUAUAAUUAUAUAGAAAAAAAAAUAGAUAGUUAUGGUUUCAAUGGAAAAGAAUGUUUACUUCGUAUUAUUUGUGAAGGAAAUUCGGUAAAGUUUUCUAAGUAUGAACUUUAUGCUGAAUUAGUGCAUAUAUUUUUGAGUCCAAAAAGUUCAUUGGAUUUGGAAACCCCAGAAAGUACAGAUUAUGUGGAGGCAGCAGCAGUAGGAGAAAGAAGUGGUUCUUGCAAAAUAUAUAAUUGUGAAAUAUCAUUUUUGAAUUUGUUGUCAUAUAUGGACUUUUAG